AUGGCAUAUGAUUUGAGGAACAAAACGGAACCGUCUUACAGUACGCAAUCGCCCAUGUACAGCCGGCCGGCCACCACUGCUCUUCCCCUUCCCAGCCAUCACAGUCCGAUGUACGGUCAAGCCUCCGGUAAACCAUCCAGCCUUUACCAUCGUCCACUACCUCCAUUGGCUCCACAAGGAGACGUUCCUCAAUGCACAUUUCACUUUGAUUUUGACCUUGAGAAGAAGAUUUUGGCUGAAGCAAAUCAAAAGGAAAGCCAAAUUUGGAGCAGGUUACCUGUCGAAAAUCUUCCAUCUAGAGGGUCGGACCAAGCUUCAAAGAAAGAGUAUAUAGUUGGGUCUUAUGGCUGUUUCCAUCUUAAUGGUUGUACGAAUUUGUCACUAAGGAAAUAA